CACGGCUUUACCGACAGCAGGCGUGCAGCCGCCGGGAGCCCUGAUGACUGUGUGUGCAGAGGGAUAACGGAUGUGGAGGCGCAGGCGUCUUCACUGCGUAGACCCCGCUAGAACGCCAGCUUGCGGUACUGACACCAUUGUCAACACCCUCCAACCCAAGGCUCACAAAGGGUAGCCGCUUUGAAUAACGUGUUCAUGUGUCACGCCAUCUUAUCGAGCUCGAUCGGUGCAAAGACACGCAAGAAGUUGAACUUAGACAUUUGAAAGUCGCUCUAUCGAUUAAUUGCUACAUUUCCAAGACCUUCAGCUGGCAUGUCCAUUCCGUCCACUCAGACAGCGUGGCACCUGCCAGAGGUGUCUCAGCGCAACAGCCCGUCGGCAUUGAAGCAGGUCAAGGAUGCCAAAGUGAAGCAGCCUGGACCAGGAGAGGUCUUGAUCAAGGUGCAUGCCGUCAGUCUCAACUACCGCGACUUCAUCAUGGUGGUUACUGGCAGGUAUCCAUCUCGUGUUGUGAAACAUGAAAACCUCAUUCCUACGUCAGACGGCGCUGGAGAGGUCGCAGCUGUUGGUGAGGGCGUCAAGAGAUGGGCUUUAGGUGAUCGCGUGUCUCCCAAUUUCUCGACUGCUCACAUCCGAGGUGAUGUGCCAAGCGAUGAGGAGAUUUUGAGUGGUUUGGGUGGCGCUCAAGACGGGAUGCUGGCGCAGUAUCGAACUCUCCCCGAAAGUUCUUUGGUCCGCAUACCCGAUUAUUUGUCUUACGAAGAGGCUUCGACCCUUCCAUGCGCCGCAUUGACCGCUUACAACGCCCUAUUUGGGCUGGCUGGCACCCCUCUAAAAGCCGGCGAGACGGCAGUGUUGGAGGGCACAGGCGGUGUUUCAGUAUUUGGUGCACAGAUCGCUCUCGCCGCAGGCGCAGUCGCUGUGAUCACGUCGAGCAGCGACGAGAAGCUCGCCAUUGUCAAGAAGAGUAUUCCGCAGGAGCACCAGAGCCGUCUGCACUUGCACAAUUACAGCAAGGACCCCGAUUGGGCGAAAGCGGUCAAGAGUGUUUCAGGUGGCAUUGGCGCCGCUCGCGUCCUGGACGUCGGAGGCAGCGGCACCAUCACCAAGGCCUUCGAGUCGGUCCGCCCUGGGGGUGUCGUCAGCGCCAUCGGCAUCAUUGCCAAGGGCAGCGCAGAGGGCGAUCUUGGAACUCUGAUCCGUAAUUCGAGAGGCAUCUACGCCGGCAUCAUCGUCGGAUCGCGCGAGCUCUUCGAGGAAAUGAACCGUCUCUUUGAGGCUCACCAAAUCAAGCCACUGAUCGAUCGAGUCUUCCCCUUCGACCAAGCUGUGCAAGCUUACCAGCAUCUCGAAUCUCAGAAACACGUCGGCAAGAUUGUGAUCAGGGUGGCUUGAUCUGACAACCUGGUCCAAGACGUGCCAGCAUCGAUUACUAGGUUCAUCAAUUUGGCUCGGAUCUCUCGCACAGCGCAGGCGCCGCAUCACCCCUUAUUCCGCGCCCGUGGACCCCUUUCCUACUGCGUCUGGCAUACGGAGGUGGGAUGCUGACGUGGCCGAGCAAUUUCGAAUCGACCCAUCAAGAUGUCGGCUGUGCGCUGUAGACUCAGUAUUGAGCCCCGUAUAUCAGCUUUGUUGGUCGCGGAGGUGUCCGGCCAACAAAGUGGGCAGGUGGGACUGAUGAAGCGGGAGUCAAGAGUCGAACAGCCUUCAGGCGAGGUCGAUCGGUCAGGCUUGUUUGGGUGGAGAGAACACGCGCGGAUGCGUCAACACCAUUCAAGAUUAUAACGUGCCACUGCGGACAACCUUGAAAUCAACGUUUCAGAUUAAGAUUGUGGUCCAAUUCAUAAUUGUUGCCAUUUCAAAUUUUAUUUCUUCACCCCAUGAAA